UCAUCCCUUUAACCCCUCACACUCGGCUAUCAAAGCAUUUUGGCGGCAUCCCACCACCUCUCUUCCAGACCUUCUCUACUCCCGUCUCAAACGCUACUCUCUCUCUCUCUCUCUCUCUCUCUCUCUCAGAGCAACAAUCAGCGAUGGGAGCCUUGUGUAACCAUGAUAAGCUCUCAAGCUUCACGUCCGCCCACGACCGCAGAUUCUCCAAGCACGUUCACGACAACGUUCACGGCAACAUCUAUCUCGAUCCGCUCUUUAUGAAGUUUAUUGACACUGAAGAGUUCCAGAGACUUCGAGAUCUGAAGCAACUAGGUGUAGCACACAUGGUCUACCCAGGGGCUGUACAUUCUCGGUUUGAGCAUUCACUAGGUGUUUAUUGGCUGGCUGGGGAAGCUGUUCAUAAACUUCAAGCUUACCAAGGAUUGGAGCUUGGAAUUGACCCAUUUGAUAUACAGACAGUAAAACUUGCUGGGCUACUGCAUGAUGUGGGCCAUGGACCAUUCAGCCACACGUUUGAGCAGGCAUUUCUUCCCCGGGUUCUUAAUGGCUCCAAAUGGUCUCAUGAGGAAAUGUCUCUGAAGAUGAUAGACCACAUCGUUGAUGAACACAAUAUUGAAAUUGAUUCUGAAAGCCUUAAGAAAACAAAGGAAAUGGUAGUUGCUGGCUCUGAAUAUGCUUCAUCAGAAAGCAUGAAAGAGAAGCGUUUCUUAUAUGAUAUUGUUGCAAAUGGUCGAAAUGGAAUAGAUGUUGACAAGUUUGAUUACAUUGUUCGUGAUUCCAGGGCUUGUGGUUUAGGUUGCAAUUUUGAGUUUCGUAGCCUUCUCUCUGUCUCUCUCACCAAAAAAAAAAAACCUGUCAGGUUAUUGGAGACGAUGCGAGUAAUAGAUGAUGAGAUAUGCUAUCGUGCUAAGGAAUAUCUUACAAUCCACAAGUUAUUUGCCACUCGUGCUGAUCUGCAUCGAACAGUCUAUAUGCAUGCAAAAGUAAAGGCAAUAGAGCUCAUGGUGAUAGAUGCACUGUUAAAAGCAAAUGAUCAUCUUAAGAUUUCAUCCUUCAUCGAUCAACCAGCAGAAUAUUGGAAGUUAGAUGACUCAAUAUUAAAAACCAUUGAAACUGCUCCUGACCAAGAGCUGAAGGAAUCUAGAGAUUUGAUCCUACGGAUUCGGAGAAGGGAUCUGUAUCAGUUCUGCAAUGAAUUCUCUGUUCCAAAGGAUAGGCUGGAGCACUUCAAAGACAUCACUCCCCAAGAUAUUAUUUGUUCUCAGAAAAAUAGCAGCAUUACUCUAAAAGAAGAAGAUGUUUCUGUGAGCAAUGUCAGGAUUAACUUGACACGUGGGAGGAACAACCCUCUGGAAAGCAUCAAAUUUUUCAAGGAUUUUGAGAGUGAUGAGAAGUUCCCCAUACAAGAUGAUCGCAUCAGUCACUUGCUGCCUGCAGGUUACGAAGAUAGAAUUGUGAGGGUGUACUCUAAAAAGCCUGAACUGGUGGAAGCAGUUUCUGAGGCCUUUGAAAAUUUUCAGCUAAAGACAUACAGAAUGAAAGCCCAAGUACAUGACACACCUGAGAAGAAGAAACGCAGAAGGAGUAUAAAUCUUCCCCAACAAUGUGAGUGCACUAAUUUUGCUUCACCUCUCUCAUGUAGUGACACUGUGACAGUUAAUAGUGGCUCCAAUGAUUUGAUUGAUGAAAUUUGUUUGUUCCCCACAUGUAUUAAUGACACUGUCACAACCUUAUUUUCAAGCAUUCAUGAGCCAGAGGGAAGUUCCAAAUUGGCUUCUGGUUACCUUCUCCAUCCUUGAUUUGGAUUAAA